UUGAGGGACAAGGAGCGUCCAGAUCCAUCGCAAUAUCAGUUCACGAAUCUUCACGGUGAAGUGGUGGCAAAACUUGAUGGUCACGUAAAUGGCCAGCAAUUCAUAAUUGAUAAAUGCAAGGAGUGUUGCAUUUUGGUACUCGAUCACACGGCAUGCGUGAACAUCGAUGACUGCGAAAAAUGUUUGAUUGUACUAGGGCCGUGCAAGGGCAGUGUAUUCGUUAGAGAUUGCGCCAACUGCACAAUAUUCACCAUUUCACAACAAUUCCGAUCGCGCGAUUGUUCGGAUAUCGACGUGUUCAUCUUUUGUUCAACGCGACCAAUUAUCGAGUCGUGUCGACUGAUGCGAUUUCGACCUCUCGCAUUAUUCUAUGAUAAAUUAGAAGGUUUGAUACAAUCAAUUGCAGAUCAGAUGCUCAAGGCAUCGAUCAGUCCGUUCACAAACAAUUGGAGUGCCAUUCACGACUUCACACCUGAGAAGCCGAAAAAUUUCCAAAUAUGCCCAAUGUGCUACGAUACAAUUAAGAACAUGGAAUUGGUGAAUAACAUAGAAGAAGUGAAAUUCAAUGAAGAGAAUUCGCUUUUUCCACCGUAUUUUCCAAUGGGACAACUUCAACACAAGGCCAAGCUACUGCUCUUCGAACAACUCCCGUCGCAAUCCAUCGAUGAUUUCUAUCGACGAAUCAUUGUCGUUCAAAAGGAACUGAUCAGCAACAAAGCGAGAAUCGUUGCCACAAGAGAUGUGACAAUAAGGAAGGGUGACAUGUAUGCCGUUUUCGAGUCAAAAAACGCUGCCAAAUAUUCAGGUCGUAUUGUGAGUAUGGAAGUGGCAUGCGAUGAGGAGUUGGUAAAAAAGUAUACAGAAUAUGAAAAAGACGGAAUACAAGUGGUCGAUGACAAGGAUUUUGAUCGCUAUCGAACCAGCUUGCAUCGAUUAGCUGACAUCCAGAUGAACGUUUGA